AUGUCUACCACCACCAGCAUGGCCACCACUACCGGCACUGCCGCCAGCUCUACCACCUCUACGUGCCCACCCUCAUACGAGUACCCUAAGGGAUUCUCCGACGCUGCCUGUGCUGCCGUCGUCUCCGGAAACAUCACCGACAUCUUCGACCACUGCUGCAAGGGUGAUGCUCCCACCACGUACAACGACGGCUGCAACAUCUACUGUCUGGCCCAGAACCAGAAUGUCGGUGAUCUCACACACUGCCUGAUCAACUCCGGUGCUCGUCCCGUCGAUGUCUUCUGCCAGCCCACUAACGGCAGCGCCACUGCUACCGUGGCUCCCUCCACCACUGCCGACUCCACCUCUACUGGCACGGCCACCGGCACCAAGACCUCGGGAGCGACCAGCACCUCCACCAAGAACGCAGCCAUUGGCACCCAGCCAAUCACGAAGACCGGCCUCGGUGUGGUUGCCAUGGUCUUCUGCUCUGCUCUGAUGGGAGUCCUCGCCUAA